AAAUUUCCCAACACACUAGAAGUUAGGUUGUUGGGUUGGCCGGAGUGGCUGCUUUUUUCCUGUUUUUCCGUGUUUUUCACGCUUAAAAAUGGAUAUUUUAAUAGCAAAUGUGGAGCAUUUAGAGUUUAAGAUCGAGAGGGAUCUCAAUGAGCAGUAUGGAGCUCUUCCACUUCCCUUUCCCGGGAUGGACAAGUCCACGGCGGCUGUUUGUCAAUUCUUCAAUGGAAGGGAUGGAAUGGAAUGUGACAAGGGGGCUGCAUGCCCCUUCAGACACAUCCGGGGCGAUAGAACAAUUGUCUGUAAGCACUGGCUGCGAGGAUUGUGCAAAAAGGGGGAUCAGUGUGAAUUCCUGCACGAAUAUGACAUGACAAAGAUGCCCGAGUGCUACUUCUAUUCCCGAUUCAAUGCUUGCCACAACAAAGAGUGCCCAUUUUUGCACAUUGAUCCUGAGAGCAAGAUAAAGGAUUGUCCGUGGUAUGACAGAGGAUUCUGCCGGCAUGGACCCCAUUGUCGCCAUCGGCAUGUCCGUAGGAUCCUCUGUACGAAUUACCUGGCAGGUUUUUGUCCAGAUGGGAAGCAGUGCAAGUACAUGCAUCCCCGCUUCGAACUGCCUCCACCUCCGGAAAUCCCUCGGGAUCAGCUGCAGAAGCGCGCUCCCACGUGCCAUUACUGCGGAGAAUUGGGCCACAAGGCAUCCUACUGUCAGAAGAUGCCACAGGAACAGCGUGAAGCUGUGCAGCGACAGGAUGAGCUUCGCUAUCGCACAAUGGGCUACAUGAAUCGCGGUGGCUUCGAGGAGGGACAAAUGCAAGGUCCUCCGCCCCGAGGGCCCCCUAAGCCCCUGGAAGAGAUCACAUGCUUCAAAUGCGGCAACAAAGGACACUACGCCAACAAAUGCCCCAAAGGUCACCUCGCCUUCCUCUCCCACAAUCCCCAUGCCCAACACUUUGGUAAAAAAGUCUAAGUCAGUUUAUUUGCGCCAUCCCCCGCAAGGAGCGCUAAUACUUCAACCACAAAACAGACAAAAAAAAAACAAAAAGAAAAAAAACAUCCAAGAGAGAGAGACUCAGCUGCGUCCAGCGCGCUCCAUUCCGUCGUUCCGGAGACAGUAGGCAGGAUAGUACUUGAUCUCGCCAGUUUUGGGGUCCACGUAGCGCAAAUUGGGAUUGGGAGAGGUAUUGCUUCGGCCGCCCAGGGAAGUGUAGCCGACGUCAUAGAGGCGACAGUAGGGCACAUGGUUCUUCUGCAGAUACUCCCAAACAUCAUUGCACGUCCAGUCCAACAAAGGACUGAUGCGCAUCAAAUCGGGCCAGCCGGGAUCGGUUUUCUGCCAAUUGGAAAAAAAAGAAGAGAAAAGUGGAAUUUGUGCUGAAGCUUUAAGUUCGAGAAAUAAAUGUAUUUUUCAAAUUGAA